GAUGGCAUCAUUUCCAGCUGUCAUUUAUUUGGCUUUGGUGUUUGACGAAAGAACAAAAUAAAUUUUGUGCUCUAUUGUUUUGUGAAAAUUUGUUGGAUUUUUUCAGUAAAAUGGCUACACAACCAAUGAAGAGGAGCAGAAAAGUUAUUUCUCGACGAAACAAAAAGCUUGCAGCUAUGUCGACGGAGUAUGAUCGGCAGAAUAUGUUGGGUGAUGAUGAUGCGGGAACAAGCGGAGUGGUGCACCGUAAUAUCGGUUUAACAUCCCAGUACGAUGAUCCAGAAUACGAUGCAGAAGUGCUUAUGGGAACAUCGUCUCACAACAGCGAUACCGAUUACAUCAGUGAUCGUUCUUCUGAAAGCGAAACCGACGCCGUGGCUGAAGGGUCCACAACUGCUCACAACUGCAACAACCAUAGCGAUAUUGGUGAAUGUUUGCGAACUUGGGCAGUUGUACGUAAUCAGCCACGCUCGUCGGUAAAUGAAAUUUUAGCUAUUUUGGGAAUAUGGACAGAUUUACUUCUUCCCAAGGAUUCUCGCACGCUAUUGAAAACGCCAAAAACCAUCGGGGAAGAGAUACAAUCGAUAGCAGGCGGCGAAUUUUGGUACAAAGGGAUAGAAAAUAAUCUCGUCAAUUAUUUUAAGUCAACUGUUCCAUCAAUCGACGAAUUGUCGAUACAGGUAUCCACCGACGGACUCCCUCUUCAUAGAGGUGGACCUACACAGCUCUGGCCCAUCCUUAUGAAGAUUGUAGAACUGCCCUCAGCCCCAAUUAUGAUGAUCGCAGUGUUUUGUGGACCAGCAAAACCAACCAGUCUGGAAGUAUUUUUAAGACAGUUUGUAGAGGAGGCAAAUGACAUUCAUCGAAGGGGAUUGCGGAUCGGAGAUAAAAUGAUAAAAUUCUCGAUCCAAGCUAUUAUUGCAGAUUCUCCUGCGCGGGCUUUCCUUAAAGCAACAACCUACUUCAAUGGAUAUCACGGUUGUAUGAGGUGUACCUGUGUUGGGGAAUACUAUAAACCUGGAAAAAAAAUUAUUUUCGACUCCGUUGGCGCUCCUCUACGAACGCACCAUGGAUUUAAAUCUAGGGAUUGUCCGGGUCAUCACCAGGAAUGGCGUUCACCCCUGGAAGACCUUGAUAAUUUUGAUAUGGUGGAUAAAUUACCGACUAGUUGUGGGUUGCACUUAUGCGAUGAGGGUGCGACUCGCCGACACUUGUGCGGUCUUAUAGGUGGAUCUGCAGCAAGGCUUGCGACAUGGAUACUGGACGAAGUUGAGUUUUGCGGUCCUGAUGAUUUGGUUUUCUUUAAUGUUCCAGGAAGCAAUAAGGAUGAUGCCGAAAUGAUGCUGAUGAGGAUGUUGGUGGUCGGACGAGCUUCACUGGAGUGUUCACGGAAGUAUUGAUGAUGAUGCCGAGAGGAUGCGAGAUGAUGAUGCUGAUGUUGACAACUGUACCAGUUUUGCUGGGGCAUUUACGUUGAGGACUGGUCGGCAAAUUUGUUCAGUUUUGAUAAUUACUGGUCUAUUUGCCUGUUUUGCACUUUCAGGAGCUGAUGACGGUGAUGCCGAAAGGACGCGGGGCGAGGAUGCUGAUGAUUGCACGAGCUUCGCUGGGGCAUUCACGUGAAGGACUGGUCGGCAAAUUCGUUCAGAUUUAAUAAUCACUGGUCUAUUUGCCUGUUUUGCACUUUCAGGAGCUGAUGACGGUGAUGCCGAAAGGACGCGGGGCGAGGAUGCUGAUGAUUGCACGAGCUUCGCUGGGGCAUUCACGUGAAGGACUGGUCGGCAAAUUCGUUCAGAUUUAAUAAUCACUGGUCUAUUUGCCUGUUUCGCAGUGCAAGGAGCUGAUGACGGUGAUGCCGAAAGGACGCGGGGCGAGGAUGCGAUGGCUGACGAUUGAACCAGGUUCACAGGGGCAUUCACGUGCCAGGAGCCGAUAAUGGAGAUGCCGAAAGGACGCAGGAUGAUUUUUUUGACCAUUGCACGAGCUUCACAGGGGCAUUCACGGAAGGAAUAAUGGUGAUGUAGAUAUGGAUGUCUUUAAUGGUACGAGGGUCGCUGGUACUACCGAUGCCUGCGCUUUUACGCUGAGAUCUGGAAAUGAUGCCAUCGGUGCCGUUAUCGUUUUAUACACGUUGUUUGAAGCCAUUUCGCUAAACGUAUCAUUAAUGAACAUUUUGUUUAUUUAGUGAACCAUUUGAUUUCAAUUUAUCCUAAUUAAUAGGUACCUUUUUAUGUUUUGCAGAAAAUCCGACAGAAAUAAUAAAACAAAUUUUAGAUUUCAGCUUAUGAAGCAUCACCGAACAA